AUGCAGCAUCACCACCGCUAUCUGAGAUACGCGGGUGCGAGGGAACUGCCAUCUCUCUCCACACACACCGCAGCUCUGGGGUUGGAGCGAAAACAGUUCUGCUUCUGCCGCCAAAGAGAGAGGACGUCUGGUGCCUUAAGCCCUCUUGGUGAAAAGAUUAUCCUUGAGGAGAUUACUCAACCAUACUCAUUCGCACUCUUCGUGUCGGAAAUUUAUCUCUUCGAGGAAACAGAGCAGUCUACGACCAAGGAUAGACGCCUAGGGAUUGCCUCCGGUGUCUCCGUUUGCUCGAAGACUGGAGAAGCAAAGAAUGGUGGCAGAAAGAUGGUCUCCUGCAGGGAAAAAAUCCAUAGAAUAUCGUGUGUAACUUCUGUACUGAUGAAUAAUAUGGAAAAAGCUACCCAGACUUAAGUAAGCGAAAAAGGAAAGGAGAAAGUAGGAAAAGAAUGAAUAUGAUUAUCUAGUGUUUUCUUUUUCUAGAUCUCACCCUCGUUCUCUUCUGUGGAAGAUAAACGCAGUCUUAGUAGGACAGGACAUUUAACGUUUGCCAGAAAAGGAGUUUAUACUAUUAACAUUGAGAUAUCGUACACGGCUUUAUUUCUCCUCAGAAAUAAGCAAACUUAGAAAAUAAUUAUUCAUUGGUGAGUUCUGCAACGUCGUCGUCUUAAUUCCGGAUAGAAGAGACUUGUUCGAGAAAAAGGGAAAAGCUUAUCUAGCUAAUAAAUAGUAACAAGCGAUGACACUCCCUUUUCAUCUUAUGUUUCCGACGGAAGUGAUGGUACGGAGACGUCGUAGAUUGUGAUCGUGUCUUUUUUGCUCUCACUCCCCUCUUUUCUCUUCUCUCCUUCUCCUCACUCCUCCUCCUUUCUGUUUUCUCUCCACCAGAGUUGAGAGAUGUGCUGAUUUAGUGUCAAGUCUGACGAAGUUGUGGGAGGGAAAUUUGACUCCGAAAAUCCCCCGUUUUUUUUUCCCACAACCCAUAGGCUCAAUCCUUUUACCGCGCCUGGAUUUGCUGCGAGUAAAAAGGCUGAGUUGGGCUGGGCUGCCCUCCUUUCCAUUAUAGAAACUAGCUUUACUCUCUUAGCUUAGGAAACUUUGGAUGCUGCCAUCAGUGUUACUGCGUUUCUGUUCCAUACUGUGCCGGUAACUGUUAUCUUUUAGAAAACUUAUAAGGGUAUACGAAGAAACGCCAGUGCAUUUUUUUUUCUCGUGGAAGUGGAUAUUUAACUAAGACUGGUAUUCGGUGUGACCAAGUUCAUUCCCAUCCUGGGAUCGGAAAGAAGGGAAAAGCGAGAAAAGGGAGACAGAUCCCCAACAACACAGAGUGGUCCAUCAAUCCAGCAAUCGAGGGCUGUGAGAGUUCAGCGCUAGAGGACCCCUGUUGCCUGGUGCCUUACGCCUUUGGAGGUUGUUGGGCGUUUGCCAAGGAGAUGUCCUGAAGGCAGAAGAGGAGAAGUAAGGGUUGGUGAAGGAGGGACCUUUGUAUUUGUGCAUGUCUGGCACAUUUACAUACAUAUAUAUAUAUACAUAAGAGCACUCAUCCGUUUUAUGGAAGGGAGGUUUUGUUGUGUAGAUUGAAAGAGGGAAAGAGAAGAGAAAAACAACGGUGAGGCCAUCCAGCAUUUCUGGUUGGGUCUUCUUCCCUGUUGUAACUGUGAAAGCAAAGAUAAAAUACGCGGAAAGCAGGCGACAUUCCACCGUUGUGUUUACGAGUAACUCCAUCCAUGAACUAUUUUUGUAAACUCGAAAUUAGUGGUUAAAUGUCCAUUUUACUUGGUGUAGUUAGUGUGUUAGCAAAGUAAGGAGUUGCUAAUUUAAGAAUAUAUGUGCCAAAUGCGCUUAUAAUUAUAAGGUUGAAACAGCUAUUUUCUAUAUAAUUAACCCGCUGUGUCCUAUUUUGAAUAUUCUGUAUUCGCAAAGUCAGAAAUAUUCGAGAAGUUAUAGAUUUGGCCGACUCCAUAAAGAAGGAUUUGGUAGCGAAGCUCCCGAGGAGGCGGCAGAUGCAGUUAAUGUUGUUUAUUGGAUGUGACGUGUGCAACGCGAUUCAUAACGACAACUAAACGAGGAGGACUGGAAAAUAUCGCGGGCGCGUGUGCCUCCUGUGUAAUCCUGUGCGAUUCAGUGUUGUCUUGAGCGUUAAUACUUCCUUAGCGAGAAAGAUUUCGUUUUUAAGGCUUACCUUUGUGUGGUGUGUUCUUUUUUUUUAUUUACGGUUGAAGAGAACUGAAUUUUCUCGCAAGCUCCCCCUUGCAACCCUGGCAACACCUUUGCAAUCUGGGAUUUUCCUGGAGAAAACGACGAAGAGGAGGAAGGAGAAGACUACCCAAGGAGGCAGAAUGAGGCGCACCGAUAACUGGAGCCAUGUCUCGGCGACGUUGGUCCCAGAUUCACCGUCCAAAGUCCCAUCCAUGGGCUACGUUCCAAAGGGUGA